GAACAGUGAUUACAGUUGUAGCCCAUGAAUGUAGUCGCCUGGACUCAGUUUCAGCCACUAUAGAAGUAUGGAAGUUGAACGUUUGAACGACGGUCUUCCUUUAUAGUGGCUGAAACUGAGCCUACGACGCGACAUCGUUGAGAACUGCUAAUUUACACACCCGGUCCUGCUGUCUAGACUACUUACUGGACAGAGAUAUCCUGAGAGCAGCGCUUUCCCGCUUGCUCGAGAGGACUCCUCUCUUUAUCUCCUUUUCGCUAGACAAUGGACUCUGAGCCAGGACUCACUGGCACUAAAGACAUCGCUGAACUCUUCUGCCUUCCUCGCCGCAAGAUCCUGUCCUGUUACUUUAUCCUUCUGGCCGCCGUACUCCCUGUCUGGUCUGUUGUCCCUAUCUCCUGGGCCUUCGUUGUGGUUCAAUCUAGACGUUUGCCUGGUAUGGUAGACUGCUGUUCGCGUGGCUUUCUUCUCACCGAGUUGCAGUGCGCUUUCAAACGCUCCCUUCAGGCUGGCUUAGCGUCGUUACCAAGGGAAGCCUCAGACGAGGAAGACGGUGAAAGGCCAAGCAGUCCCACAGAGGAUAUCGUAACUCUGGAGUUCGACGAUCCUCGUGCAGUAGAUUUUCGUAACUGUAUGCGCACAUGGUUUGGCAAAGUUCCUUGGUCUUCAAUCCGUAGGCAUGAAAUGUAUUCGUGGCUCUAUUGGUACAUAUACAACCGGCCUUUUACUUCUUUGGAGUCACUUCCAGACGCUGAGAAAACCAUUCUACAAGAUGCGCUGUCGUUGGUGGAGAAACGUGCUGGAGUUGCUAUUCCAGAAGGUUCAAACCCACACAGCAGCGCUCUGCUUCUCACUUUUGAUCCAGUCAACGUUGCUUGGAGACCUCUGGUGUGGUAUGCCUUUGUGGCGAUUACCAAUCACAUCAUUCGCCGAUGUUUACAAGUGAAGUGGAACACUAAGACCGGUAGUUAUAAAGGGUUAGAGUAUAUUCUCCAUAUGUCCCAUUCGUGGUCCCCAGAAACAGGCCCUCGCCCAAUUGCCUUCAUCCGCGGACUCGGCCUUGGACUUCUACGGUAUCAUCUAUUCCUCUCGCACCUGCUGGGAGCAGUCUCCGACCAUCCUGUCUUGAUACUCCUGCACCCUCACGCCAGUCAGGACAUAUUCAACCGUCGUUUCCUGAAGCCCAUGAACAGGCACGAGUCUGCUGACUGUCUCGCGGGCUUGUUGCGCCAGCUUGGUUGGGUAGAGCAAGCCACGGCAGAGAACGGGGGAAAGCCCGAGAAACAAGAGAGGGAAGUUCACCGGCCAAGUGGCGUUACUUGGUUCUUUCACGCACGCUUGGAUGUUGAAGGCGUACCCCGAGAUGAUCAGCAUUCUUGCUUUAUCGACCCCGUGACGUUCUGCUCUUGGGAAGGAGACCUUUGCUAUAACUUUAUCUACAGACAUGCCGUGACGGUUCGUUUUCUUUGGAUAGUCCUUUACUUUGUUGGAAUGGGAUUAGGAGUAGCCAACUUCCUUCAACGUCACUUUGACUGGAACGCAAACUCGUUAUGGAUACAAGAGAUACCUAAUGUAUAUGAUCCUUCCAAGACGAAGUUUUUCCUCGGCGGGAAGGAUGGCGUUGUCGAUGCCGAGCGUGUCAAACAUUAUCUCACAUCACACGGCAUUCGAAAGUGUCUGUGGUUCGAUCGCUAUGGUCGACACGGACAGGCACUCCUUACUGGUGGCGAAGGCCUCAGAGAAAUCCUACGAUGGUUGCGUGAAUCCUAAUGAACGUUAACUCUGCAACUUAUCCGCAUCAUUGCAUAGAAGUCUUUUGCAUGUCAACCACGACUCGCGUUUCCACAAUAAGAAGUGUAUUCAAACUCGUUGAUUCGCUAUAUUACUUAGAUGUCUUCUCUUGUGUCACAGUGUAUCGCGUAGUUUCUGGCAUAUUGCACACCCUCUUUGUACUUCGUCUGUGAUGUUUGUAGCAAUAUAAUAAAAUUAGCCCU